AUGGGACGUAAAGAAGGCCGGACGCGCAAUUGUCCGUUGCGCCCGUCCGCGCGGACAGUGUUUACAUUUGUGUUGGUCAUUCCUUUGGGGCUCCUUCUUUUUGCGGCCGCGGCGGUGUCUUUGGCCUUCUUCUGCAAGCAGCGGCGAUGGACCAGGUCCCUUCUGCCCAGCGACGUUGAAUCCCGAAUGCUCCCAGCACAGACCAGUUCAGCCGGGCCGGGGGUGGCAGAGGCGGGCCCCCCACAUGUAGGCCCCCCGCUCUUCCUGCAGGGCCGGUCCCUGUACGCGGUGCUGGAGGCGGUUCCGGCGCGGCGCUGGAAGGAGUUCGUGCGUGGCCUGGGCCUGCGGGAUGGGGAGAUCGAGCGGGUGGAGCUGGAGCACCCCCAGUUGCGGGAGCAGCAGUACCAGAUGUUGCGGUGCUGGGCCCAGCAAAGGCCGGGGGCCGCCCCACAAGACCUCUUUGCCGCCCUGGAGGACAUGCAGCUGGAGGGCUGCGCACAGGCCCUCCGGGAGGCCCUCCAAGGACAGUAG